UCCUUCAAUGGAAACACCAACCCACACACACACACCCCAUUUUGGUUCUAUCACAACAUCAACCUGCUUCCUCUUCAACCCUUUUUUUUCUUCUCUUCUCUUCCUUCACCUCUCACGCUUCCCCUCCAAUUUACAACACUAAUUCACAUAGCCCAAACUUUCAUCUUCAGGAUCUGACUUUUUCAAACAUACAAUGGGGUUAGCCAUUUAGACAGCAUCAAUAUCUAUCUCUUUUUCUUUUCUUCCUCCUUUUGCCCACCCACGACAACCAAACUUGUAUUUAUCUCCAAUCCUUUUUUCUUUCUCCCAAUUUUGUUGGUUCAUUUAUGUUUUCAGAUGCAUGUUCCAAGAGUGUUUUCAUGAGUUUGUCCGAAUUCCGUUUUAAAUUUUCAACUGAAAUCUGUUCUGGAGAUUUUCUUUGAUCAUUGCGAUUAAUAAGUUGCAGAAGAUUUCCAGUUUUGAAGAUACAUUUUUCGUGAGAAAAAAAGGGUUUUGAAGCUCUGAACUUUCUGCUUGCCCUGUAAUUACAGAGACGAUCGUUUCUUGCUUGGGUGUAAAGACUGAGUUUAUAUCCAUCGUCGCUGAUAGAAGCUUUGAAAUGUCAUUAUUACUUGAAUUUUCAACAUAGAUUUACAUUUUCCAUAGCUUCAGAACUGAAAUCCCGGCACUUUUCCUACAGCCAUACGAAGUUCUGGCCGGACCUGAUUUAGGAAAACGAAAAAUCCCCUUGGUUUCGUCGGAAGGAAUUGAUUCAUGUUCUAGUUAGUGGUAAUUUUGUAAGGGAAAGGUUGAAGAAAUGGAGAAAGAUUCAAGUAUUCGAAGCAAUAACACGGUGUCUGGUGCUAGAGAUAAAAGCGGAGGGGAAGGGUCGUUGCUGUUGAGGGCGAGUUCCGAUGGCGCUAGACAGGGAACAACGUCGGAUUUGGUGUUGCAGUGGGGGAAUCGGAAGCGGUUAAGGUGCAUGAAGGUGCAGGUUAAGGACGAUUCUUCAGGCCCGGUUCAGAGGACAACGGUUCGGGUGGAUCGCCGGGUCGUUAGAACCGAUAAGGAUUCUUUAAAUAAGCCCACCUUCGGUGUCAAUAAUAACACCCUUGGAGUUGGACACACUCAUAAUAAUAACAACAACAAUCAUCAUCAUAAUCAGAUUAACGGGUAUCCAAAUCUCCGUCAACGUCCUUCUUCUCCGCAGCAACGAAUUCUCAGGAACUCAGAAGGUUCAAGUGCCAUGAGAGGAGGACAAAGCAACGGGGGCGUUAGGGGAAUUGCCUCACCGGACAGGGGUGCGCACGAUAAGAGGGGGACCCAUAACAACCACCUUAAUGACAACAACAAGUCCGCAGCCUCAUCGGAUACUGCGCACGAUAGCAAGAAGGGAGGGUCGCCCUCUGGCAGCGGAGACGCGGCUCCGCCCGUGUGGCCCCCGAAGUUCGUGAUUGCCUUGACCAACAAGGAGAAGGAAGAAGAUUUUCUCGCCAUUAAGGGCUCAAAGCUGCCUCAGAGACCCAAGAAGAGAGCAAAAUUCAUUCAGCGCACGCUUAAUCUCGUUAGUCCUGGUGCAUGGUUGUGCGAUCUUACCUUGGAACGAUAUGAGGUUAGGGAGAAGAAAAUAUCCAAAAAGAGACCAAGAGGUUUGAAAGCAAUGGGAAACAUGGAGUCUGACUCUGAGUAGAGAGAAAAGUUAAUGAGACUAUGAAUGUUGAGAAGUGAAGAUGCUAAGCUUUAUGUUUGGUAAGGAUGUAGGAAAUGCAUGGAUUUUGUAAAGCAUGGCAUAACAUCAAAGCUGGAUGCCAACUCAUCGAAAUCAAAAUAUUAAAUAUUUUAGCUUUGC